CCCCCUUCUCUGGGAUUAUAUUCCCAGUUUUGAUCUCGGACAUCUGGUCACUUAUAGCAUAUAAGAAUAUUAUAUUACUGUUAAGCAAACUAUGAAUAAUAAAACACGUGUCCUUUAUCUUAGCUACACGUAUGACAAAAAACCGCGUGAAAAUCAGUGGUGUUCAGUGAGGUAAAAUGAAUUAAAUGCGGUGACAGUUCAUUGCUCCUGUCAAAUGAAUUGCACUGAGUGGAGCGGAUCACCACUCCAAGAUGGCGGCCCCGCGUCUCGUCAGGCCCAGUAGGCAGUAGCGCUCGAGGCUGCGUACCCUUAUAAGAUGUCUAUGAUCAAUACUGCCAGUCACAAGUAGCUGGGGAAAAACGUAUAUAUACUUAAUAUGUCAUGCAUUUAUGAAGUGUUAUGAACUGUUACAGGUGUAUCCAAUAAUAAUGGUAAUAUCAACAAUGGAAAUUAAUGGAAUGUGGGGAUGAAACCGGGCGGGGCGGAAACGGAAAGUGACGUCAGACACCACCCGGAUCACCUGUCAGCCGAAUCGUUUUGCUGCGGAGCCUCGAUCUACUUGGAGAAAAUCCUCAUUUUUGACCUUUUUGUGGAUGUAUAAUUGGCCUGUGGAGAACUGGGACGAACAGAGACACUUCGGAGGACUUGAGUUGCGUGGUACCGAGCACUAGAGGGCAGUGUUGAGUGGAGAACCUCGGAUCUGCACUUCCCGCUGCCGCCAGCAGGGGGAGGGUGUUCUGCUGGUGUUAACUGAUGAGAGUGAGCCGCGGGCUGGAGGACGUCAAGUUCCAAGCAGACCAACGAGCUGUGAGCACCAAGACGGACCUUGGAAACAAAAAGAGGAGAAUCAUUUUUAUGUGUGGAAAAAAAUCUCAAUUUUUCGUGGCUUUAACACAGCAAGGUGCUGCGGAACUGACCCACUCUCCUCUUGGUUGUUAUUCUCACGGAUGAUAGAGGGAACAGAAAAGCAUCUUUACAUCUCUGGUUACCAUAGCGACAUGGGAGACGAGGCGUCCAACACUUUGUAAGAUGUUUCCUCAUCACAGAGAAAGAGAGCAGCCCAUCUUCAGCACUCGGGCGCAUGUCUUCCAGAUCGACCCGGCCACCAAGAGGAACUGGAUCCCUGCCAGCAAGCAUGCGGUCAGCGUGUCCUUCUUCUACGACUGCGGCCGUAACGUCUACCGCAUCAUCAGCGUGGGCGGCACCAAGGCCAUCAUCAACUGUAUCGUGACACCCAGCAUGACGUUCACCAAGACGUCCCAGAAGUUUGGUCAGUGGGCCGACAGUCGGGCCAACACGGUCUACGGUCUGGGCUUUGCCACAGAGCAGCAGCUCCACCAGUUUGCAGACAAGUUCAAAGAGGUGAAGGACGCAGCUCGUCUGGCCAGAGAGAAGUCACAAGACAAAGAACUGGCCAACACCGCCCUCAGCAUCGCUGCACCUCAGGACCUCGCCGAUGACCUCCAGUCUCCUCCAGUGGUGUGUGUGAACGGGCCGGAGGACAAGCUGUUCCGCAGUCAAAGUGCCGACAUCACGCUGUCCUCUGAGAAGGAGCGAAUCAAGAAGAUGCUCUCUGAGGGGUCUAUCUGCGAGAUGAACCUGGAGGCGGAGCUCUUCACGCUGCAGGACAGCAACUCCAAAUUGGUGGCGGCGUUGCACGAGGCCAACGCUAACGUGGAGCAGUGGAAGAGGCAGCUGCACGCCUAUCAGGACGAGACGGAGCGGCUGCGAGAACAGGUGGCUGACCUCGAGGCCCAUGGGGGUCACGGCCCCAGUGACCGGCUGAAGGAUGAACUGACUCAGUCCCUGGAGGAGCUGGAGGCGCUACUGAAGGCUAAAGAUGAGGAAAUUCACAUUUUGCAAAGCAAAAGGGCAGAACACCAUGACAUAGAACGCGAGAGGGAUCAGGCGAUACAUAGAUUACGGGAAGUGGAGAUGCGUAAUUCCGAGUUGGAGCGGCGCAUCCAGAACACGGAGCAAAACUUGAACAACUCUAUGGAGGACCGAGAUCGCUUGGACACCGAGCUUCAGAGGUCCAUUGAAAUUCUCGACAUCAAAAUCUUUGACCUCAAUGAUCUCCGCCAGAGCCUCGUGAAGCUCGUCGACAAAUAACGCGUCAGGAUGAAGGAACAGAAGUCAAACAGAUGGGCGGCCCGCACGGGAAGCAUCUUGUCCGCAGGACUCGGUGAAUAGAUGUCGGUCGGCCUAACGACGUAGCGCUUCAUGUUGCUUCCAUGGAAACAAUGCAAUAACUUCAAGGUAACUGCUUUCAAGUGCAAGAUAUUUUAAACACUAAGGACAACCGGUGCUUGUAGUAUUACACGUAGUACGACUUUAGGAUUUAAAAAGCGCAUCUUAAGUGUUAUUACGACUGAUAAGAGGCCUUGUUUUACUGUCUUUCUUGAAACCAGUAAAAAUGAGACCUGAUGAACUGCCUUGUCCACACAAGCACACAUUAAAACUGCAUUCACAGCCAGAUACACGGAUUCAUGUGAGUAGUUGUUCAUGCAUUAUGUAGCAGCAAUAAGACAGAGGACCGUAUUUUCCGGACCAUAGGGCGCACUGCCGAUGAAUGGUCUAUUUUUGAUCUUUUUUCAUAUAUAAGAUUAUAGGCCGCAUUAAAGAGGUCAUAUUAUUUUAAUUUUUUCCUAAAUGUAGAAGACUUCUUUGUGGUCUACAUAACAUAAUAAUGGUGGUCAAAAUGUUGCAUAGAUGAUGUUUUACACAUCAUCUUCAAGCCGCUUUCUGGAUGCGCCGUUUUGUGGGCGGUCCUAUUUACGUGCCUCCACUUCGACAGCGUCUUCUCCCCGUCAUCUUUGUUGUAGCGGUGUAGCGCGCAAGGACGGGAGUGGAAGAAGUGUCAAAAGAUGGAGAUAACUGUUUUAAUGACAUUCAGACUUUACUUCAAUCAAUAACGGAGCAGCAUCUCCUCAUCCGGAAACAACAACAACACCCAGAAAUGUGUCCCGUGAAAAACCGUCCGACCGGAACUCUAAUAACUAAAGUUCCUUGGGUGAAUAAUGUAAACUCACUACACCGGUAUGUUUACUGACAGAUAUAAGUAAGAACUUUACAGUACUUUAUAUUAGAAAUGGCAACAGCGGAGGAUGAAUGUCCCAUAACAAGAAGAUAUAGAAAAAGAAGCCUAUCAACAACGGUGUCGUCAUUGACUACAAAAGGCGGACGCCCGCAUUUUAUCAGGAUUUAUGCAGAUCCCAAAUGCGGAUCAGCAGGUAACAGAAGGUAAAAAAAAGUUGCUUUUGCGUAAUAUUGCGAAAACAAGACGCCAGAUAAUAUGUCUUACCUUAUACACCAGGGGUGGGCAAUUAAUUUUUACCGGGGGCCGCAUGAGCAACCCGAGCACUGCUGGAGGGCCACAUCGACAAUAUUUCAAUUAAAUUUUGCUCAAUAUUAUUUUUGAUAUAUACCGUAAGAUAAAUAAUAAUAAUAAUAAUUAAUAAUACUUUCAUUUAACCUAACUUAACUUUAUACCAAAAGCACUGCUUUGGAAAUCAUUUGUACCCCUUUCAGAGAUCACAUUUAGUUCCCCUUAAACAUCCUCAUGUUGCACAAUGAAAUGUAAGCAUAGGAUGAAGUGUGCAUUCCUGUAACUUUCUCUAGUAACAGCAUUCCAUGAUUAAUAUGAAUAAAUUAACAUUAAUAAUAAAUGACAGUAAAAUAAGCACAUGUAUGACUGAGGAGUCAUAGUGUAACUUUGUGUGGUGUUUGAGUUGUCCGACUUUUUGUGUGGCCAUAAACGCACCAGUGGUUUAGUGGUAUGCGUGUUGGUGACAGACGACAAGUUGGUUUUGGCCUGGUUUGUACGGCAGAAAAUGACUAGUUUUUCGAGAUAGAAGUGUUUUACUCGUGUUUUUGGUGUGGUUAUGGCCGAAUAUAAACAGUUUUGCUCAAUAAAGUGAUCGAUAUAAUUCCUGGCCUUGAAGCAUCUCGAUAGACGUUACAAUAAUUGAACAGUGUUCAAUUUAACGGUGUUGAUGAACACCGUUAGGGCCGCUUGUUGUCACUGUCACUCAGAGUUGCAUUGCAAAAUUACACAGAAUAAAUGUGUUUAUUUUGUUUAGAAUUCAAAUGGGAUUUGAUUUGGUGCGCGGCAUAUAUUUGCUGUGCGCAGAGGACGCUUUAGCAGUGCGCGCACCUUAGACGGAACGUUGCUUGGCAGUCCAUGUCUUGUUGAAAACACGCCAUUCCUCAUCAACUUUUCUCUUUUUAGCGUCUCGGGUGUAAACCGUGCAUCACUUGUCUCUGUGCACCUUCACUCACAGGUUACACACGGACAUACGCCCAUAAAUAACACUUUUCAAAAUAAAAGCAGCACAGUUGUAUUGCGCGCAUGACAGAUGUUUUUUCAACUUUAUUUUGUAAUUUGUGAUUGUAACUGUUCACAUUCACUCACAAUCACGCACGCGCAUACGUCCACACGGAAGUAAUACAAAUAACGCUUUUCAAAACAAAAGCAGCACCGUUGUAUUGCACACUCGACAUAGAUACUAUUUUAAAUUUAUGAUUGGUCUCAACGCGGGCCGGACAGGGACGCACAAAGGGUCGGAUGUGGCCCGCGGGCCGCAGAAUGCCCUGGUCUGUUAUACACGCAUCAUACUAAUACUCCUAUGUUUAAUGCGGCGAAAAUCCAUCUAGCGGUGUGGCUUCAUAGCUUACCAAAGUCGUACUAAAACAUUUUGAUAGAUUUUUGAGCGCCGUGUGUAAUGUUCUAUAUUGUCAAUGGAACUUAUAAAAUGUACGUGUUGUUUACUUGAGUCAUAUUGCCAUCAUAGUGCAGUCAACACGUAUCUCUUAUGUUUGACUGCCAUCCACUGGUCACACUUAUUACAACAUGUACCAAAUAAAAUUGCUUCGAGGUCGGUAAGCAAAGCCAGAAUUAUUCCGUACAUUAGGCGCGCCGGGUUAAAAGGCGCACUGUCGAGUUUUGAGGGGGAAAAAAUGAUUUUAGGUGCGCCUUAUAGUCCGGAAAAUACGGUAGUUGAAAUGAAGAGAGGGUGUAUUUUGGUGACUUGAACUGUGUGAAUAAUAACACCAAAGCUCAACGUAUUAAGGUCUUUCAGCAGCUUCUGUGCUCACAUGAGGGAUUCUUCCAAUGAUGUAACUCAGGGGUGUCCAAACUUUUUCCACUGAGGGCCGCACACUGAAAAAUCAAAGCAAGCGGGGGCCAUUUUGAUAUUUUUUAUUUUAAAAAACAAUACAAUAUAUGUAUAAAAAAGAUACAUUUAGGCCUCCACUCAGACUUGAACCCGGGGACCCCAAAAGGUUUUGGUCAAAAAAAAUAUUACAAAUGUGUCAUUAUUUAGUAUUAUUAUUAUUCAAGGUUUAAAUCUCUAGAUCAACAUUAGGUCUAUUUGUCAAUAUAACGCUUUUAAAGAUUUGUGUUGUAUGCCAUUUUUGUCAAGGAAAACCGUGUUUUUUUAUGGAAAAAAACACAAAAUGUGCAAUAUUUUCCCCCAAUAAAAUUUUAAAGUGGAAUAUUUGAGAUUAUAUAAUAAUUGGAGUCUUAAAAAGAUCAAUAACUCAUAACAACAUUGAUUUUAAUUCAUUAUUUUUUUGAGCAAUGACACUUAAAAAAAAAAAAGUCCCACUAAAAUGAUUGGGGAUCCAAAAGGGUACUGCUCAGUAAAGUUUAAAAAAAUAAAUCCAACAUUUUUUUUUAACUUUUACCACAAUAGUCUCAAGAUCAACUUCAGAUCUAUCCGUCAAUUAUAAGUUUGAUUGUUGUUUAUGUUUUUUGUUUGUUCGUUUUAGGCCCUUCUUUAAAAAACUUUGUUUUUUAAAUGGCAACUAAAAAAUAUGCAACAUUUUCCCCUCAAAAUAUCUCAACGUGGAAUAUUUAAUGUGACAUAAAUGGAGCCUUGAAUAGGUCAAUAAUUCAUAAUGACAUUGAUUUUGAUUCAUUAUUAUUUUUUAAAGAAAGAAACAGCGUACAUGGCAGCUUUGUGUUAUUAGAGUAAAUAAUGCAACAUUUUCUUGUUACAUUUCACCUGUUUGCUCUUUUAUACCACUUUUUUUUUUUUUUUCAUCGUAUUUUUAGAAUGUGCCGUGGGGACGUUAAAAAAUUACCUGCAGGCCGCAAAUGGCCCCCGGGCCGCACUUUGGACACCCCUGAUGUAACCCAUAAGGCGACAACUUAAGUGAUGAAUAGAAACUUACUUACUGUAUGAUCGCUCCACCUCGGCUGUGACGCAUUCAAGGACUUUAGGGAUACUUCCAAGACUUGUCGUUUUCAUCAGUGGAAGAGGUGACACGUGGACGGGUCAACAGUGCAUCUAUUGAACAGCAGAAUGUCAGUAACAGUAUUUUUUUUUUUUUUACUGGACCACACAGACUGUAGAGUUGAACAUUUCUUUCUAGCCUUACUGUUUGUAUUCCCAGGAUGGUCGGAGAAAGUCACGGCGGAUGUUCCUUACAUGCUGUUACGAAAAAUAAAAGCAAGAGACCACAAACUUGUCUUUUUUUGUGCA